AUGAAGUAUUCCAUGCUCUCUGCUGUAGCCGUUCUUGCGGCAACCUCGCUAGGUUUCCCAGAAUUCUACUGGGGGCGCCGAUCCAGCCCCAACCACGUCUUCAUCACGAAUAAUAUGAAUAGGCCCGUCCGUCUGGAUAAAGUAACAGGAAAGUCACUCGCCGAUGGGAUCAAAGUAUCCCGCGACCAAGAGACCGUUAUUCCUGCCCAUCAAACACGCCAAAUUCCGGCCUAUGACCAAUCCGCCGACCUGAAGCUCCGUGUGCAAGGAGCACCUCACAAUCAGAUAGAAGUGAGCUAUACCAGUGGGGACCAAGAAACGUAUAAUUACGCCAUCAAGCCAAUCGAAGGCGGCGGGUUUCCCGGAGCUGUCUUCGUGAACCCUGAUCCUCCUUCAUGCCCUUCUCAGAGGUGGUUCCCUAGACAACAAGAGACGCCGCAAGUUACUUGCCCGGACCGCACUCAGCUCCGGGUUUACCUGCAGGAAGCGCAUCAUCCAGCAUUCGAAGCUGAAUAUGAUGAUGAAUACGAUGAGUGGUUUUAA